CGGCGGGGCGGGGGGAGUUAUAUUGCGGGGUCCUUCCUCGCUCACCCUGGUUCCUCUCGGAGCGGAGACGGCAAAUGGCGGACUUCGAUACCUACGACGAUCGGGCCUACAGCAGCUUCGGCGGCGGCAGAGGGUCCCGCGGCAGUUCUGGUGGCCAUGGUUCCCGUAGCCAGAAGGAGCUGCCCACAGAGCCCCCCUACACAGCCUAUGUAGGAAAUCUACCUUUUAAUACAGUUCAGGGCGACAUAGAUGCUAUCUUCAAGGAUCUCAGCAUAAGGAGUGUACGGCUAGUCAGAGACAAAGACACAGACAAAUUUAAAGGAUUCUGCUAUGUAGAAUUCGAUGAAGUGGACUCUCUGAAGGAAGCCCUCACGUACGACGGCGCACUGUUGGGUGAUCGGUCACUUCGUGUGGACAUUGCAGAAGGCAGAAAACAAGAUAAAGGUGGCUUUGGAUUCAGGAAAGGUGGACCAGAUGACAGAGGAAUGGGUGGCUCUCGAGAAUCUAGAGGUGGCUGGGAUUCCCGGGAUGACUUCAAUUCCGGCUUCAGGGAUGACUUCUUGGGAAGCAGGGGAGGCAGUCGCCCCGGUGACCGGCGAGCUGGUCCUCCGAUGGGAAGCCGCUUCAGAGAUGGCCCUCCCCUCCGCGGAUCCAACAUGGACUUCAGAGAACCAACAGAAGAGGAAAGAGCACAGAGACCGCGACUCCAACUCAAACCUCGGACAGUGGCAACGCCCCUCAAUCAAGUAGCCAAUCCCAACUCCGCCAUCUUCGGGGGAGCCAGGCCCAGAGAGGAAGUCGUUCACAAGGAGCAAGAAUGAGCUCACGGUUGGGAGGGAAUGGGGGUGUGGGGGAGUUAGAGCAAGACCACAGCCUGGUGGCCCUGGACCGGCCGCCCUGCAGUCACCAUUCCUGCGCCUGACAUUGUCCUCCUUUCUUACAACGGAAACACAGAGCUUGUGACUGCAUGUCAGCUGUUAACAAGUGGUUUUUAGUACAUUCUUGGCUUUGCUCUGUCUCUAGUGCCUGUUAGGUGCUUCUUCUCCUCGUCCUUUCCUCCUCGUCCUCCUCUGUCCUCCCCCCUUGCUCCUUGUUCUCCGUACAGCACKCGGGGUCCGAGGGGUGACGCAGCGCCGUGUGGGAGCCUCGGCCAAGGGGCUGCUCCGCUGUCCCCUCACUUCCUCGUUUUACUUUGGCACUGGCCAGACUCCAGGCGUUCCCUUCGUUUUUCUCAGUGCUUCUCCUGCCCUGCAUGCUGAGUUCUGUUGCUAUGGCUUCCAGAAGCAGCUGAGGUGCGGCAGCUCCACCAGCCGCAUCUCAGUUUGUAUCAAUCUGUGAUCAGCAGACAAAAUUGACCCUUGUUUUAAAACAAGGAAAAACACCUGUCUAUCCCUGCAGGUUGCUUCCWGCUGCUGUUUAGAGGGGUCCCUGACAGUGCCCCCCUGGGGGACUGUCCGGGCCAAAUGGGCUCAUCUCUGGAAGCCUUGGAGGGAGGAAUAGCAGGCGGUGGGCAGGCGCACGGUGACCGUGACCGGCAGUGCUGUGCUCCCAGGUUCUGCUGCAGCUCUUCCAGGAGUGUCCAGAGUCCUCCCUCCACCCCACCCCCACCCCCACCCC